GAAAUUGGAUUACUCACCAGUCACCUCCACUUGAAUACCGAACAUCAACAGAAAAGUAAAGUAACAAUAACAGUCAAAAAUAUCAAACAGUGGAUUCUUAUCGCAGUCGGCAGUCGGCACCAAUUUCAGAGAUAAAAAGCUGGCAGAUUUUUUCAACCGGAGAAGCUAAACACGAUGAGGUUCGCUGUCCCGGCGCCGGCGUCGAUUUCGCUGGCGAUUUUAGUGUUGACUUUGGCGGUUGCUUCGGCGCAGCGGCAUUUACGGGAGCGGGAGACCAGCAGCAGCAGCUAUUUGACCAAGGAAGAGCACUGGAUGAAUCAAACUAUCGAUCACUUCUCUCCCUACGACCGCGACCAGUUUGCUCAACGUUAUUAUGAAUAUCUUGAUGAGUUUCGGUCUCAUGAUAGUCCAAUAUUUCUUAAGAUCUGUGGUGAAUCUGUGUGCAAUGGCAUUAGUAAUGACUAUUUGGGGGUUUUAGCAAAGAAGUUUGGAGCAGCUGUGGUUUCCCUUGAGCAUCGUUACUAUGGAAAAAGCUAUCCUUUUGGAUCAUUCAGCACGGAUAAUCUGAGAUAUCUUUCGUCAAAACAAGCACUAUUCGAUUUGGCUGUUUUCAGACAGUAUUAUCAGGAGUCCUUAAAUGAGAAGCUCAACAAAUCAACAGACAAUCCAUGGUUUGUCUUUGGUAUUUCAUAUGCGGGAGCCCUAAGUGCGUGGUUCCGCCUGAAGUUCCCUCAUCUUACUUGCGGAAGUCUUGCGAGCUCAGGAGUUGUUCUUGCUGUCUACAACUUCACAAAAUUUGAUGAGCAGGUUGGUGAAUCCGCUGGUGCAGAAUGUAAAGCUGUGUUGCAAGAAAUUACUAGUCUUGUUGAGCAGAGACUUGAAUCGAAUCAGAAAGAUCUAAAGAAAUUAUUUAAUGCGUCUAAGCUAUCAAAAGAUGGUGAUUUCUUGUAUUUUCUGGCAGAUGCAGCAGUCACAGCGAUUCAAUAUGGAGAUCCAGAUGAACUCUGUGACCCUCUUACCAAGGCAAAGAAAGCUGGAGAAGAUUUAGUGGAAGCAUAUGCCAAAUAUGUGAAGGAGUAUUACAUAGACUAUAUCGGUGCCGAUGUUGAGACUUAUGACCAACAGCAUUUGAAGAAAGCCAAAAUAUCCGAUAGCAGUUCUGAUCGCUUGUGGUGGUUCCAAGUGUGUACAGAAGUUGCAUAUUUUCAAGUUGCACCUGCAAAUGAUAGCAUCCGUUCGUCAAAAGUUGACACUAGAUAUCAUUUGGAUCUCUGCAAAAAUGUCUUUGGCAAUGAUAUGUCUGGUCCUGAUGUUAAUGCAACAAAUCUAUAUUAUGGAGGCAAAGAAAUUGCUGGUUCAAAAAUAAUCUUCACGAAUGGUUCACAGGACCCUUGGCGACAUGCAUCUAAACAGACAUCUUCACGUGACAUGCCUGCGUACAUCAUCAAGUGUCAUAAUUGUGGCCAUGGAUCGGACAUGCGUGGCUGUCCUCAGUCUCGUUUGGUUCCCAAGGGUGAUUCAAAGAACUGCUCCUCCCCGGAUGCGGUAAACAAAGUAAGGCAGAAUAUCAUCACCUACAUCGAUCAGUGGCUCUCUGAAUGCCAGUUUUCAGGUGUAACUGCCAUGUAAAGCACAAAAAUUGAGUCCAGAGAAGGAUAAUUUAACAUGUUAUGGCUCGACUGAAUGUCAGAUAUUUCUUGAAAUGUCAGCAGAUGUGUAAGUCCUCUUGUUAUUACCAUCACACCGUGUUAAUUCUGUAAGUAUGUAUGUAUUUAACUUCACUGUUUCUGCAGUUUAUCUUUUUUCCUAGCUAAGAGACAUUGAAACAGAGAAAUAAAGAGCAUUCAUUGCCUGUGUGUGACAAUACCA